AUCACUGUUCAUAUCGAACACACCCGAUUUUAUUUUUCCCAUAAUUCUUUGCAACGUGCUUGGCCGACGCUAACAAUAGGCGCUAAGUUAUACCCGGCCGAGCUGUCCAGCAAUAAAGACGUGCUUAGUGUGUGAAGGGGGUAUCGUGUUAGAAGCCUGUGUGGCAUGUUUUAGUUUCACAAGUUCAGCAUUUGACGCGGACACGGAUAGCUGACCGUGUGUCAUAUUGUUGAUGUUGAGAAGAUGAUGAUGUUAUGGUGAAGUCGAUGACGAUGCGAUGUUCAUGUUGAUGACGACGAUGAUGUUAUGGUGAUGAUGACGACGACGAUGAUGAUGGUCAUGUCGAUGAAGAUGAUGUAGAUGAUGUCGUUCAUGGUGACGUCGGUGAUGAUUAUGGUGUUGUAGUUGAUGAUGUUGACGAUAGUGGUGAUGAUGAUGAUGAUUGUGGUGACGAAACUACUCUAGUUGUGGUUGUCCGUAGUUGGUCCAGGACUACAGCCCCGGAGAUUCGGACACUCUUCUAAUUUAUUUUUGGUCAUUUGUAUAAACAUCAUAUUUUUUCUUGUUGAGUGAAAGUUGUGUGAGUGUUUGUGUGGUUUAGUGUUUAUAUUUCUAUCUUUUCUUUCUUUCUCUUAUUUUUUUUUGUUAUUAAAUUUUGUUAAAUUUAAGAUGUCUUGUUGUUGUUUGGAGUAGCCUCCGCUCAUCCCGUUACAAUUGGUGGCAGCGGUGGGAUGAGUUGACUCCUCCAGAUACUACAAGAUAUCUUUAUAAGUGAACAGUUGCCAAGGUUUAUUUUAUUUUUCAUUUUUUGAUCUCUUUUGUAGUACAUGUAAGAGCAAGUGUAGGUCGUUGUUUCCUUUUCCCUUGGUGAGUACAUUACGUUAGGCAGAUUGUUUUGUUAAAAGUUGAGAAGUUAGUCCCUUUAUGAGAUAAUUUUGAGGUAAGUUGGUCUGUCAGUCAAUGCACCAUGUCUACUGUCAAGGAGAUGCUGGAGCUACUUGAAGUCGGGACCAAGAUGGGGAUGAAGGAUGAAGACCUUCAACAAUUCGUGAAGGACGAACAGGCCAGAAUGCGGGACGAACGUGAGAAACAUAGAGUCGAGAGACAGGAGGAGAGAGACCGCGACUUCAAACUACAGAUGGAGAAAGAGCGCGCCGCAAGAGAACAUGAUGAGCGAGAGCACGCCCGAUUGAUAGAAGAAAAGAGACAUCAGCAAAAACUAGAAGAACUGGAACUUGAUCACAAACUGCAACUCGAGAGAUCUCACAUGAAGCCGAGUGUUGUGACUAAAGAGGAGAAAGAAACUUCUCAAGUGAUAAAAGGACCAAAACUUCCUCCGUUUGAGGAUUCGAAAGACAACAUUGACGCGUACAUUCAAAGAUUUGAGAUAUACGCAACAACGCAGAAAUGGAAUAAAGACACGUGGGGGACUCAUCUUAGCGCAUUACUCAAAGGAAAGGCACUGGAUGUGUUCGCAAGACUCUCACCCGAAACAGCACUUGAUUUCAACGAGUUGAAGAACGCCCUGUUGAAACGAUUUGACAUGACGGAGGACGGUUUCCGCAAGAAGUUCCGAUUUUCAAAACCAGACGGAAGUGAAACUUUUAUGCAAUUUUCUACCAGACUGGACAGUUACCUUGAGCGGUGGAUUCAGCUGUCUAAGACUAACAAGACAUUCGAUGAUCUGAAGGACUUGUUCUUACGUGAACAGUUUUUAUUGUGUUGCUCGAAAGAACUUGCCUUAUUCCUAAAGGAGAGUGUAACAAACUAA